CCCCGCCGGCCCUCGGGCACAGCGGGAGCGCUGCACGGAGCGAACGCCCGGGGCAGGCCGGGACCCCGGCCCGGUGCCGGUGCCGGUGCCGGUGCGGAGCGAGCCCGGCGGGGUCGGUCCCGUCCCGGGCAGCCCCGGGGCCCCGGCCGGCACAAACGGUUAACAGCGGCCGGGCUGCGGUGUGGCUCCUCCCGGUCCCUCCCCGCGGCCGGCCCCGGUCACGGCCCGGCCGCGCAGCCCCAGCCCCGACCUCCGCCACCGCCCAGCCCGGUGACACCGGGCACCGGAGCACCGGGAGCGACAGAACCGGCCGGGGCACCGGGGCACCGGGAGCGACAGAACCGGCCGGGGCACCGGAGCACCGGAGUCCCGGAACAGCGGCGGCAGCGGCGGGCCGGGGUCCCGGUCAUGAUCUGCGGCAGGAGGGCGCGUCCCGCCGCCGAGCAGCUCCGCGCCCCGUCUGACGGCGCCGGUGGCUCCCGCCGGCCCGGGAGAGCCCUGAAGAAAAUGGGCCUGACGGAGGAUGCGGAUGUGCAGCGGAUGCUGCAGGGGUCCCUGCUGUGGAAGGUGAAGGCCAGGGGGGGCUCCCGGGCGCGGCUGUUCCGCCUGCAGGAGGACGGGGUCACCGUGUGCUUCGAGGGACGCUUCCGGCGCGCCCGCGCCCCCCGGAGCUUCUCGGUGGCGCACGUCGAGGCCGUGAGCGCCGGCCGCCGCUCGGAGGGGCUGCGCAAGCACGGGGCCGCCUUCCCCGAGCGCCACUGCUUCACCCUGGCCUUCAAGGGCCGCCGCAAGAACCUGGACCUGGCCGCCCGCGGCGAGGAGGACGCCCGGCACUGGGUGCAGGGGCUCAGCAAGCUGAUGGGGCGGCUGCAGGCCAUGAGCCAGAUGGAGAAGCUCGACCAUUGGAUCCAUGGGGUCCUGCAGCGAGCAGACAGGAACAAGGACAACAAGAUGUCCUUCCGGGAGGUGAAGAGCAUGCUGAGGAUGCUCAACAUCGACAUGGACGAUGGCUACGCCUCGCAGCUCUUCAAGGAGUGCGACAGCUCGGGCAACGAGCGGCUGGAGGGCCGGGAGCUGGAGGAGUUCUGCCGGCGGCUGCUGCGGCGCCCGGAGCUGGAGGAGCUGUUCGGGCGCUACUCGGGCGAGGACCGGGUCCUGUCGGCCGAGGAGCUGCAGGACUUCCUGAGGGACCAGGGCGAGGAGUGCAGCCUGCGCCAGGCCCGCGCCAUCAUCCGCACCUACGAGCUCAACGACAAGGCCAAGCAGCAGGACCUGAUGAUGCUGGACGGCUUCAUGAUGUACCUGCUGUCGGCCGCCGGUGACAUCCUCAACCAGGAGCACACCAAGGUGCACCAGGACAUGAGCCAGCCCCUGAGCCACUACUUCAUCUCCUCCUCGCACAACACCUACCUGACCCGCAACCAGAUCGGCGGCACCAGCAGCACCGAGGCCUACGUCAGGGCGCUGAGGGCAGGGUGCCGCUGCGUGGAGCUGGACUGCUGGGAGGGCUCGGACGGGGAGCCCGUGGUCUACCACGGCCACACGCUCACCUCCAAAAUCCUCUUCCGCGACGUCAUCGAGAGCAUCCGCGACUCCGCCUUCGAGAAAUCCCCCUACCCCGUCAUCCUGUCCCUGGAGAACCACUGCGGGCUGGAGCAGCAGGCCACCAUGGCCCGGCACAUGAGGGCCAUCCUGGGGGACAGGCUGCUGACACAGCCCCUGCAGGGGCAGGACCCCCACGAUCUGCCCUCACCAGAGACCUGCCCUCUGCAGCAGCUGAAGGAAAAGAUCCUGGUGAAGGGCAAGAAGCUGCCAGAGCUGUGGCACGAGCCCCGGGGUGUCACCUCCCUUCUGCACCCCGAGGAGGAGGAAGAGGAAGAGGAGGAAGAAGAGGAGGAGAAGGGGCAUGAGAGAAGCCCCCGGCGGUCGCUGCAGUCGCUGCAGGAGAUCAAACCUCUGCAGGCCAAGGACGCGUCGCAGGUGUCCCCGGAGCUGUCGGCGCUGGUGGUGUACUGCCAGGCUGUCCCCUUCCCCGGGCUGGCCCAGGCCCUGCGCCACCCCCAGCCCUGCCAGAUGUCCUCCUUCAGCGAGAGGAAGGCACGGAAGCUCAUCAAGGAGGCAGGCCCGGCGCUGGUCCGCUACAACGCCCGCCAGCUGAGCCGCGUGUACCCGCUGGGGCUCAAGAUGAACUCUGCCAACUACAACCCCCAGGAGAUGUGGAACGCUGGCUGCCAGCUGGUGGCGCUCAACUUCCAGACGCCGGGCUACGAGAUGGACCUGAACGCCGGGCGCUUCCUGCCCAACGGCCGCUGCGGAUACGUCCUGAAGCCCCUGUGCCUGCGCAGCCCCCCCGGGGAGGGCUCCCGCCGCCUGGCCCUGCACAUCAGGGUGAUCACCGCCCAGCAGCUGCCCAAGCUGCACAGGGACAAGGGCAGCUCCAUCGUGGAUCCCUUCGUGCGCGUGGAGAUCCACGGCACCCCGGCCGACUGCGCCAAGCAGCAAACCCACCACAAGCUCAACAACGGUGCGGGUGCCCGAGCUGGCCCUGGUGCGGUUCGUGGUGGAGGACCACGACAGCACCUCCUGCAACGACUUCGUGGGGCAGUUCACGCUGCCCCUGCCCAGCAUGCGCCAAGGGUACCGCCACAUCCACCUGCUCUCCAGGGACGGGGCGUCCCUGUCCCCCGCCACGCUCUUCGUGCACGUUCGGUCCAAGAGCCUGUGAGGGGCCACAAGAGGGACAACCUGCAGUCCCCGAGGGGCCCAGGGGGGACAUUGUGUCUGUGUGGGGGACAGCAGGCCCCUCCCUGGGUGGGCAGCCUGCGUGGGGACAGCCUGAGGACACUGCUCAGCUGUCUGUGGUGACAGCAGGGCUGGGGGAACCCCAAGGGCUGGGG